AUAGCCUUUGGAGUGCCGUGACCUUCUUCGCUUUUUCUGGUAUUUGUGGGGUCUAUGAGGCCGGGACCUGACGUCACGAGCACCGCCGCAAAGCCUCUUGAAUGAAUUCAAGUAAGUGGUGCUGUCCUACCACUCUUUUUUGUCUGAUCCGUUUGGGCCUGAGGACUUGCACACUGUCCAUGGAUUGAAAACAACUAUUUUUGUCGUGUUUUUUCAUGGAUUUGAGCGGCUUAAGCACAAUGGCUACACCACACAGCUCUGUUUAUUCAAGUGAUCAAAUCAAUCACAUCCUGAGCGGCGACGAGGGGGAGGGAGCCUUCCUGAACAAACCGACUGCUGAUUCCAUCAAGCGCAGGUUGGUGAAUGAGAGAAAACAACUUAUCAACUCGGAACUACAUCUCCUAACCCUAAGAGAAUAUUACAGGGUGAGUCGCAUACCUCGGGGUCUGAGGACUCACCUCAGACCAAUCUUGUUUCCUGAGAAUCAAGAAUUCCUUAAUAAAUUUAUGGAAAUAGCUAAUCGGUUCUCCAUGGACAUCAUGUUAUUGAACAUGGAAUUCCUACAGAAGGACACAAUAAAGAUUAAUACAAGGGUCCAGGAGCACGAGGAGCGACUAAAAUUAAUUACCAGCGCACAGGAAUAUGACAAAUUCCUUGACCAAAUCAAAGGAGAUUUGUAUAAAUACCGCCUUAAUAUUGAGGAAACUAAAAGGCAGAAGUGGUCUAGAGAUGAGGAGGAUUACACCAAGGGUAACAUCUAUAAGAGAUUACAACCUGAGGUCAAUAAAUUCAGGUCACAGAAAAAGCGCAGAUUCCAGAGACCAAGGGGACGGCGUACAGACUUCACGGAUACGGACUCCUCCACUGAAGGUGGCAAUGGGACUGAUUUUUUAGGAUCGGGACUUUUAAGGGACACAGGGGAGGACGCAGGGGAGGACGCAAACAUCACCAACAUAGAAGGAACAACCAGGAAUGUCCGCUCAACACGGUCAGCCAAACCACCGGUGGGAACCAAAACACCUGUGUCACAACAGGGGAGAAGAGGUGCACAGAAGUCGGCACAAUGAAUGGGACUCAAUUGGUGAUAUGGCAUCCAUGCGGGAUGUGGGCGAGAGAUGGGAGCAGUGACCUGGGAGCCGUCCAGCAGGUUAUUAUAUUAUUGCACGGUUUGUGCAUCAGGUUCCACUAACUGGUUAUUUGUGGCGGAAGUACAUCACUCAUUAAACUGACAAUUUGACUAGAUCCUAUACUAUCUAUCUCGGGGGCUGAUUUAUGCAGGCAGAUUAAUUUAGAUGGCUGGUGACAGAGGUUGUUUCUUAUUGGAGUUUUUAGAUCUAUAUAGGAGACCUUGGGGGUAAGCAAGGUAGGGGUCCACCUGACGGUGGGGCCCAGACCAGGCGGGGGUACACAUCGGUGGUCUCUCUUUUGACAGAGGGGGACGAUGGUUGUGGCCCUAGUACUCCUUGUCCAAUAAUAGUGGACAGUAUGAUUUUGAACAUAUUGUACCGCUACACCCUUGGCUAUAAGCCUUCGGGUGGGUCUGAUUACUUUGUACCGUGCACAACACGGGAUUUCAACCUAUAUGUUACACUUGCCAUUCCUGAAUAAUAUUUUUCCAAUUAAAUGGACAUUAGGAGGACCGUACUGUUUGCACAGCCCUGAAUUUUUUCAAUAGGAUCUUUUCUGAAUUUUCUCCAGUGGGAUCUUGUGUUGAUCUUUUUUUGAUCUCCUUUGAUGUGAUCGUAUCUAUGUGUGAGAUCAUGUAUCUCCGCCUGACAUAUACACAGUUGGUGUAUUGAACCGCAAUUGAGCUAUGACUGAGGUCUUAUAGAUGGCCUGCUGAGAUCGGUUCUCACGCCGCUGUUUUUGUUUAUUCUCUAUUGUUGUUAAAUGAGGCUGUCUCUCUAAUGUUGCUCCCAUGGUGAUCGGCGUCUUUAUAAUUCCCAGUGUGUAUCAGAAAUAAUAUCAAAAGAAAGAGUCCACAUGGUAGGAUAGUUUUCCCUUGUAGGACCUGUGGUUACUAUGACAGCGAUCAGACGCCUAGAUACGUCACCAGUCAGAUGACCGAGAACAGCGUCGAUGGUCAUGUGACUGCCUAGAUGACGUUGGGAUACAUGUGAAUCUCGUUUGAAUGUUCGCGCAGCCGCAUUUGUAUGCGGAAGACGCCGCUCGCCAUGGAUGCAAUACAUAGUGACAGCCACACAUGUGAACGCGUGGUAAGCCUCAUAUUAUUAUGCACGAUGGUUGAUUAAUUAAUUAUAUGAUUGUAUGUACCUGAGAAGGGGUGGGAUUUGUGUUAAUGCACAUUCACUGGAUAAUUGGUAUGAAUUAGUACCCUUAUAUAUUGUGAGUCAUUUGUGAACAUGUUUGUAGCUUGAAAAAGACUAUUGUCGAAACGUUGCUGCUGAUUUUGUGGUGUAAUAAAAACA